ACAAAAAAAGAAAAAAAAUCUCGCAAUGCCAUACUCCUGUCAAGAUCAUCUUCACGUACGAUUUGUGUAAAAUAAAAACUGAUAAUUAAAAAGUUAGAAAAAACGGAAAGUAUAGUGAAAGAUGAUACAAAAUUUUCGUGAACUUAACCGUAAAAUGUCGCCUGCUGUUCCCAGAUUUUCAGCAAGUUGUUUUUUGUCAUUUCUCCUUACGAAAAUUUCACACAUUUCUCCAUUCCCGUCUUUAUGGGUUACCGACAAAUUCGAAAAAACAGACAUGCGAAUCAACUGGAAAGCUCUCUUGAGUCUCGGGUUUGCGUUCUGGGGCCUGCUUUGCUGCACUGACCUCCUCGGCGAAUCCACAUGGAAACGAUGCUCCCACAGCUUAGAUGAAGUCCUCAAGGACCAAUACAACCACCUGAACCGCGUACAAGACGACACUAAUCAGUCCGAGGAAGCCCCGAAGCAGAAAAUGAGCUGGCCGAUACUCCUCUGGAACGUCUGUGCUUUUCUAUGUUCACUGGUUUUCUGUUCAGUUAUCAGGUCCAUGUCGUGGAUUGUUUGGAAGCUUUUCAAAAUUUAUAACGUGUUUAGAAACAGGAAAGUUCUAGCGAGCAAAAUCGGCAAAAUACAAGACACCGAAACCAGCUCAGAGCAGAACUCGGACUCCACCAAAAGCAACUGUAAAAUUAUCUUCAAAAACCAGCUCUUCACUCCCAAAGAAACCGGGAAGAUGCAGGAGCAGAACCUGGGGCAAGUUCUCGAGGAGGUGAAGAAAGAGAAACAUGAGCUGGCGCAGCAGCUGGUGAUGGCGCAGAAGGAGAAUUUGACUGCGCAGCAGCAGAUUGAAGAGUACAAGUUGGAGACUUUCAUGGUGAAGGAGAAGUUAGCAAGGACUGCUAACACUUUGAAGGAAAAUUUGAAGUACAAGGACUUUGCUAACGCUAAUCAGGAGCUGAUUGCGAGGAAAGCGCACAACUUGGAGCUGCAUCUGAAGGAAGUGUGCCGAGAUCGAGAUAUCUUGCGAGCUAAAUAUAGCAAUUUGGAGAAGAGCCACACGAAGUUGGAAGAGAAAGUGAAGAUAUUGCAGAAGCAGGAAAGUGAGUCGAACAUUGAGCAGUUUCCUGAGAAAGACACGUCGGAGAAGCCUACGAGCAAGGACUUUUUGCCGCAGAUCACCGACACGGAGGCCGACAUUUGCAAAUUCCAGAAGAAGAUCAUGGAGUUGCAGCGAAGUAUCGGUGCUUUCGAGACCAAGAAGGCCAACUUCGAGGCCAACAGCAAAAUUUCGGUCGACUUAGAAGAGUCAAGCAUGGACACGUCGAAAGAGAAUGAAUCCGAAUUACUCGAGAGAGAGAAAAAAGGCGAAAUUAGCUCCGUCAAGCAAAACCUGAUAAACUACAACGCUUACAAAGUGCAGAUGUUGCGUCCGAGAUUAAAACUGGGUAACAUUAAAGAGAGAUUGUAUUCGACGGACACCGGGUCUUCCUCGGACGACAACAGCGGUCCACGUCGCAUCAUCAGUAGCACCAUCGAGUUUCAAAAUUUCCUCAAAACUCUAGCAUCAAACAGUAAGAGUAGCCUUAACUUCCACCAAAGUAAUAUGUUUUGAAAAUGUUUAAUAAAACCGUGGCAUGAC